CGAAAUAAAUAUUUUCUUUUACUUUACAACAAAAUAAAGAAGAUAAUUUGAAAAUAUUGGUUUAUAGGACUAAAAUGAUGAGUUUUAAGAUUCUUACACGGAUAGUUGUAUUAUCAUUCAUAGUUAGCAGUCUUAAAAUUUGCUGCUCAACUAGAACACAAGAAGCAUCAUAUAUUUGUAAGAAAGAAGACAACGCCCUUGUUGCUAACUUCAGAUUGGUGCGAAACAAUGAUACAAUAUACCAGAUAGUAGGCCAUACAGCUGCUGAAGCCGACCCAGAACUAAGUUCACCUGUGACGUCAUGUGCUGAUAUCUCUACAGAUAGUCAGAGGGACAUUUAUUAUUUGAACGUUACUAUCGAUCUUUUAACCUCUACAUCAGAUCCGUCAUGCGGGGUAUAUACGCUUAGAACAGGGAAGGAGUAUAAGCUGCGAAUAAGAUCACAGACUACCAAAGGACUCAAAUCAGUAGAAGAUGCUUAUUAUGAUUUGAAUUGUGAUGUAGAUAAGUCACUAUUGUCUUGGGUACGGACUGCAACAGUUGGAUUGGGAUCUCUAACAGAAACAACUAUGCAGCCAUUUCAUUCUUCGUUGUCAUUUUCGUUGAUGGAUUAUGUAACCAAUAUCCCACUCUUCGGUGAAGUUGAACUCGGAAGGGAGAUAUAUUACCAAAUUGGUUUCCAGUCUUGUUUUAAACAGGAUACCAAAUAUGACACAUGUGGAAAGGAAUUUUGGAUUGCAUUUCAAAGUCUGGGAGAUCAAUUUGAUUCUAUCCUAACUUUGUACAUCUUAAAUCCAUCUUCCAGUAGUAUAUCGGUGCUGAUCGAAAGUGAAAAUUCAACUUUACCAUGUUCACCAAUUAUCGUCGCUCCAAAGUCUUUCGGAUCAUGCGUAGUCGAUACCAGCUUUUUGACCACAUCUUCCUCCUGUAGAGCCAUACAUGUUUCUUCUCCAUUCCAAUGUAUAUAUAUUCAACGUCAGCAUUACACGUCUCAAAAUUUCUCUGUAAUUCCUAUUUUGCCUGUUGACACUUUAACCCAGUCAUACCACGCCCUCUCGUCUGUACUGGAUACAGAAAUAAUAAUAGUUUCACUAAAUACGACUUCUAUUGAUAUUACACCGUCUGGCGGCAGUCUUUUUACUAUUGCAACUGAACGCUUUGAAACAUACUCUUACCAGUCUGCAUCUAAUUUUUCAUCUGUGAUAUCUGACAACGUAGUUGCCAUUUUUCAAAAAGAUACAUUAGCAAACGGAUAUGGACUUCAACAGUUGCAUGGAGAUUCGUCAGCAGGUAAAACAUUUGUCGUACCAUUUGCAACAGGUUCAACCUAUACCUGGAAAUGUUUAACUUUAAAAGAUGCCACAACUAUAAAGUACGGGGGUCGGUCAACUACGUUUAUAAACCGACCCGCAGGAUAUACUAAAUCUGAUUCGGUCACGUCAUUUAUGGAACUUAUAUCGACAAAGCCAGUUUUCUGUCAGGUUUACAGUGGAUUUAUGUCUGUACCUUUAUAUCAUUAUGACCAUUGGUCCAGUAGUUACAGUUUUAUUUUAAAACACAACGAGAUAUCAUAUAAGUUAUUGAUAAGUAUAACUUCAGCAGACAAAGACCUUCUUGUUCUUAACAUUAAUGGUAGUCAAAUAACCAUAACGGGAACAUGGAUCUCCGUUACUAAAGUAACAGGUUCAUCAUCAGAUUUUGUAUCGUUGGAAGUGCCAAUAGAUCUGACAGGAACAACUAAUGACGUUCUUGCAACAAUAGCCCAUCCUAGUGCCAAUUUCCAAGUUUUCCUGCUAUCAACACACUUAACAUCUAACAAGAAAUCGCUUUCAUUAGUUCCAGGGUUUAAGUCGGUCCAAUCAAAUGUAGAUUCUUGUACAAAGACUUUAGGUUAUAUUGGAGACAUGAUUGAUAAUGACUGCAAUGGGGUUGUUGAUGAAGACGUGCUCAAAAGUUCAGAUGAUAACUAUGGGGACUUUAAAGGAAUACAGCAAGCAAAUGCAUGUUUUGAAAAGAUACGAGUGGAUGAUUGUGACGUAUCACCAGACCCAAAAUUUGAAAACUCAGUUCAACAACGCCUCAUCGAAAAUGGGUGUGUAAGUGGCAAUAUAAACGACCCUUUUCGACCAUCGUCAGAUUUCGUAUAUGAUUCGACGAAAUCAGAUAAUGUUACACAGAUUUACAAUUCUGGGAAAGUCAAGUUAGUUGGAUUUGAUGGAUAUGAUGAAUUAUAUCUACGCUGUAAUGUACACUUUUGUUUCAAGUAUGACAGGUCUUGCGAAACGAGUUGUACCAAACGACGAAAACGUGAUGUUACAUCCGCUAAUCCAGUAUCUGAUCAGUUGAUCACCCUGUCAGAUCUACAAAAACUUACAACAUCUGAUGAAUCCUGUUUUGACAGUUCAGCCUUUAUUGCCGUGAUAUCUGUGUUGGCGAUAGUGUUUGCAGCACUCCUAUGCAUCAUUCUGUACUUCUUAGUGAGGUUGUACCAGCUUACUGAAAACAGACGAAAGCAGUUACACAUUUCGUCAUAAAGUUUCGAUCGCAUUGUUAAUUGAAAUUUCUGUGAUUUAAACAUUCCGUCUAUCAUGCUUAUACUGACUGUUCACAAUUUAACCUUAAAAAAAAUCAUACUUCUAAAUAGAAACAUGUAUUAAUUAGUACUUUUCAUGUACACUAUAUAUGUUAUUGUUAUAUGUUUCAUUUUGUUUAUUAUAAAUCAUCAUUUAUAUAUAAAUUGUUAUUUAAAAACAUUGAUCAUAGAUACCAGAAUUGAAAUUUUAUAUUUACGCCAGAUGUUCGUUUCGUCUACAAAAGACUCAUCAGUGACGAUUUUUAUAAUGUUCUAAAAGGCAAAAGUACGAAGUUGAAGAAAAUUAAGGACCAGAAAUUCUUUAACGUUUUGACCAAGUUCAUCUAUUCCUUAGGUAGAAAAGCCUUAAUAUUUCAAAAAUCAAAUUUUGUUAACAGUUAACAUAUGAAUGAUAACUCAAGUUAAGUUAUUUAUUACUUUAACGUGUUUCAUGUAAAUUAUACUUCUGUAAAUAAAAAUAUUUUUUAAAACAUAGUUGAUAAUGUAAGGCAAACUUCUCACGUAGAUAUAACAUUCCACAGCUGACUGUGUUAUCCAUUUAUCCAGCAAAAACUGUAACCUUUUAAACAACAUAUAUAGAUAAUAAAAUUAUUCAAUUUAA